AUGUCUAAACAAUUUUCAUACGAGUUAUUAGUACUGAUUAAGGACGAUUAUUUAAAGGGAAACAGUCAAAGAAUGAUUGUAGUUAAAAGGGGUGUAAGUAAGACUGCUGUCUCGAAUAUUAAAUUAAAAAUAGAUAAAAACAUCCUUAUUACGCGUAAAUUUGGAUCAGGAAGGCCUGAAAAGCAUAUAAUGAUUUGA